UUGAGGGUGAGAAUGGAACUCUCAUCCUACUUGGUGAAGUGAGAUUCAGACUGAGUGGGGUCACAGCACAGGGCACUGCCUUGCCUGGCUUUAUCUGAGUCAAUCACACCUUUACUGGCCAUUGUCUGUGGUCUAGCCCCCUUUGUCCAGGAAGAGAAAGAAGAGCCUUGAGGACUGGUCUAGUCAGGCUGAAGAAAUGUCAACUAUUGGGAGUGCUGAAGGAUUUCAGGCUGUGUCUCUGAAGCAAGAGGGAGAUGACCAGCCCUCCGAGACUGACCACCUGUCUAUGGAGGAAGAGGACUCAGGCAAGGGCCUGAUGCCAAGACAUAUUUCAAGGCAGUCAAGUGUGACUGAGUCAACUCUUUACCCUAAUCCUUAUCAUCAGCCUUAUAUCUCACGGAAGUACUUCGCUACACGGCCAGGGGCCAUUGAGACUGCCGUGGAAGACUUGAAAGGCCACAUAGCUGAGACUUCUGGAGAGACCAUUCAAGGCUUCUGGCUCUUGACAAAGAUAGACCACUGGAACAAUGAGAAGGAGAGAAUUUUGCUGGUCACAGACAAGACUCUCUUGAUUUGCAAAUACGACUUCAUCAUGCUCAGUUGUGUGCAGCUGCAGCGGAUUCCUCUGAGCGCUGUCUAUCGCAUCUGCCUGGGCAAGUUUACCUUCCCUGGGAUGUCCCUGGACAAGAGACAAGGAGAAGGACUUAGGAUCUACUGGGGGAGUCCGGAGGAGCAGUCCCUACUGUCCCGCUGGAACCCAUGGUCCACCGAAGUUCCUUAUGCUACUUUCACCGAGCACCCUAUGAAACACACAAGUGAGAAAUUCCUUGAAAUUUGCAAGUUGUCUGGGUUUGUGUCUAAGCUUGUUCCAGGUAUCCAGAAUGCCCACAAGAAUUCAAUUGGAUCUGGAAGAGGAAAGAAACUGAUGGUGUUAACCGAACCCAUUUUGAUUGAGACCUACACAGGGCUGAUGUCAUUCAUUGGAAACCGCAACAAACUUGGCUAUUCCCUCGCCCGUGGGAGUAUUGGUUUUUGAGAGUCUUUUUGGUACCAUAAGUAUAUCAUCCAUAGAUAUGUCACUUUGAAAAUUCUAUUUUCACCCACCCUAUUUUUGGACUGAAACAAUUAAUUGCUUUUAAAUAAUACUUCAUGAUUUUAUUGAUUGGACUGAUAGAUACAUACUUCAGACCUCAUACAAGAAUAACCAAAUUUCCUUAAAACUAGAACAUAAAUGUUGCUGAGACUAUCAAA